GCAUGCGCAAUACGAAGUUGUUGCAUCGUGCGAAGCAGAAAUUUAACGUCAUCUGACCCUAAAAUUGACGUUUAACAGGAAACCAUUCAACUGAGGGUGCUCAUCUCUCGUGAGGAAAUAGCCUACACAAAUCACUUUUGGAUAAAUUCGGUCAUGGUCUGAAGCAGGUGUGAAGAUUCAAAGAAUCAUGACCACAGAGGACUCCUCUUUAAGAACCCUAGAGGGGCUCAUGUCAGAGUUCUUUGCCAUAUCAACAACGAAUCAACGCAAACGAGAUAUAGAGGAACUUCUGAAUAACUUCAGUGCACAGAGUGGGUCAUGGAGACUUUGCUUCAGUUUCCUCAUGCAUACUCGUAAUGAGUAUGUCAUGAUGUAUGCCCUUAGUGUCUUUGAGAAUUUAAUCAACAGACAAUGGAUAGGGCUACCUCCCCAGGAUCGCAUGGAGAUCCGGACAGGUCUGACCAAGUUCCUCUUGGGCCAACACAAGGUUGUACCCAACUACAUCAGGAACAAGCUUAUCAAGGUCAUUGUCUGUAUUGCCAGACUUGACUGGCCUCACUUCUACCCAGAUUUCUUUACAUCCAUACUACAGCUUAUUCAGCAGCCACAGACAUGCAGUCUUGGUCUGAUCAUGCUUCAGACCACGUCAGAGGAACUGGGAUCACCCAGAGAGGACUUGAGCGCCGCCAGGAAGGAGGAAGUCCAGAAGCUGCUUUUGGAUCAAGUUCCUACGGUCUUCAGUCUCAUUACACAUAUAUUGGAAACCAUACUGGACAAGCAUCGGUCGUUGGUGACCACGGCUACCCCACCCCCUUCCCCCACCCAUGAUGACUCUAAUGACAGUAGCCCCACCCACAUGGCCUAUGGGUCUUCACCAUUGCAAUCAGGAAGCCACAUCAUCCGUAGCAUGUUCAAGUCAUCACCUCCCAACAAACACAACGUCCAACCCCUCCCUCCUCUGGACCAGGAGAGCGAGCAUCUCAGCACAUUGUGUCUUAACUGUCUCCUUCAUUUCUUCUCAUGGAUGCCACUUUCUGGCAACAUCACCCCCAGUCUCAUCACCGUCAUCUUCCACUUUGCCAAUUUCGGCUGUGACAUCCAGUCGGUCAGCCGCGGCACAUCGCCUGUGCGGGCCAACGACAGCUUCAGCGCGAGCGGGAGCUCCUCGCUGGGCGUCCUGGCCAUGUCCUGCAUCAACGAGAUCAUGUCCAAGAACUGUGUGCCCACGGACUUUGAGGAUUACCUCUUGAGAAUGUUCCAACAGACUUUCCAGCUGCUGCAAAAAUUAACCAAAGACAAUACAAACCAAUCAGUAGGGAAUAGGUUAGAAGAGUUAGAUGAAAGUUAUGUAGAGAAAUUCACAGAGUUUUUAGGUUUAUUUGUCAGUGUUCACCUCCGCCGGUUUGAGAGCAACUCCCAUUUUCCAGUGCUUGAGUUCCUAUCCCUCCUCUUCAAGUACACAUUCAAGCAGCCGGAGCCAGAAGGUUACUAUUCUUGUUUAGACAUCUGGACCAUAUUCCUGGACUAUCUCAUCGACAAGACCAACUCAUCAAGAAACCCUGAAAUGAACCACUUUGUAGACAGAUACAAAGAUGCAUUAAUAUCUGUGAUGUCUGAAAUACUACACAAGUUACAGUUUAGAUACAACCAGGCACAGCUGGAGGAACUAGAUGAUGAUAACAUUUAUGAUGAUUGUGAGACGGAAUGGCAGUGCUACCUCAGACAAGGCUUGGAGGUCAUUGCUAAGAUUGCUGAACUCUUACCUACAGAGGCAUUUAGUUUAGUGUACCCACCAUUCCAAGAAUAUCUGACUGUAUACCUGGGCCUCAGACAGUAUGUGAUUGAUAUCCCAGAGGGUCAAAGGUUGAAUGUCAACCAGGAGAACGAGUGUAGGAGAUUACAUUGUACACUGCGAGACCUUUGUUCCAUGUUCCAAGCAUUAGGAAGGUUAGCAGAGCACUUCAUAGGAGACAAGUUCACAGAGAGGUUCGAUAACGCCCUCUCAUUAAUAGAAAGGUUAUGUCAAGCAGCAGUGUAUGGCACCAAUAUGAAGCUAUACAGAAUGAAGAAUGCAGCACCAACAGUACUCAAGCCAGACUUUGUAGAAACACAUGCGCAAGCUUUAGCUGCCCUGAAGGCCUAUAGUCAUUGGUUAGCGCAGUUCUACAACGAGACGAGUAAACCUGGAAGCAGACAUCAUGACAAGAUGUUACCCCUUAUGACCAACUUGGUGGAAGCCAUUGCACCUGAACUUGCCAAACAGAUCCCUAGUAAGAUAAUCCUGUCUUCAGCCCACCUGUUCAUGUCCGUAGCCAGUACAGUACGUCCAACAUUCCUCAUAGAGAUGCCUGCAAUACAGAAGCUUUUCAAUGAUGUCAGCGGAGGGUCGUUGUCAGGACUACAGACAGAGGUCCAGCUCCUUGUUUGCAGAGGACUUUCCAAUAUUCUGACCCUACCAUGGGCUAACAUUCCAGACAGCGAGCAGCAGUGGCCUGUCAGAUCAGAGCAUCAUUCAGGAUUUAUCUUCAGACUGACCAAGGAGUACAGAGAACUCAAGAAUGUCCAAGGUAUCCAGACGGACAAGGCUCUCCAGGAGAGAGCUAAACCUGUCAUCAGGAAAACGUUGCAGAUCUUGUCAGACCAGGUAGAGUCUAUUGCUGGUGAAGUCUCAAAGACAAAACAGUUGUGCUAUCACUCUGUCAGGGAGUGUAUAGAGGUCACACUACACAUCUUCCCACUCUACAUUCAACAACCAGAUGUCGUAGAUGAAAUGAUGAGCUUUUUCCUGGCCCUCUUCCAAGGGCUAAGAGUUCAGAUGGGAAUUCCUACUAUUCAACAUAUAAUGUCAAUGUUCAUCAACUUGUUCACAAGGCAGCAGCUAGCAGCAACCAUCAAACAUGAAAGUGAUUCUGGGAUCAGUGUUGUAGAGAAGUUUCUGCAGAUUCUAGAGAUCAUAGUCCAGGAACCCGGUUCAGCAUUCAAGACAUUUCUUCCAAGUAUUAUUUCAAUCUGCAUGGAUCACAUAUACCCCAUUGUUGCAGAGAAAUCAUCACCAGACAUCAAGCCCGCCCUCUACAGGUUACUAUUUGAGAUGCUGCAAAGCAAGUGGAAAUACUUCUUUAAUUCCUCACUCCUAGCGAGCAUGCUUGGGGCGCCCCCUACAGACAACGUGGAGCAUGAGCAGCAGUUUAUCACGAUUAUGCAAGCUUUUGGUCAGUCUUUCCUUCAACCAGACAUCUCAAUUUUCAGGCAGAAUCUAGAAGCUUUGGAGAUCCUCAAUGCCAAACUCAAACUCUAUCAAAAGAAGAUAUUCAAAACGAUGAUGCUGUUGCCGUUCAUGAACGUCCUCCUGCAAGCACUGAUCCAUAAGUCACACGACCUACUGCAAGACGAAACCCUGGUGACCAUCUUCAACAUGGCAGCGGUAGACUUUGAUAAUUUCUUCAGGGUAUUCUUGCCAGAGUUCCUGACAAGUGCAGAGGGUCUGGACCCCAACCAGAAGACAAUCCUCAAGACAAAUUUCACAUUUGCAGAGGAUCUUCCAUCAUUCAGCCAGAACUUGAGGCGAUUUGUGAGUGACCUGCGUUACUACAGACUGUGCAACUCGGCCCUUCCUGCUGGCUCUGUCAAACUAUGACAAAGGAUGAACCAGGGGUAGGGAAGGACUUAGAGUAGACUAGGACUCAAGUGCAAAGAAAAAAAAUACAAAUGCCAGGGAUUCCAGUAUUGAUGUUACUAGAGAUUUAUAUGAAGGAGGAACUGUUGGACCAAAAUAUUCGAGGCUUUUGGCGUGACACCGUGCAGCUGGACUCCAUGAUCCAAGGCAGGUACAGUAAGGAAACCUUGGUUUGUUGAGCAAUUAAGCCAGGUUAGACUAAGUGAUCUUCAUCUGGGCAUUUCUAGCCAUUUGUAUGGAGCACACCUGCAUUCCGGACAAGACGACCUGCUGCAGGAUGACAUUUUGGUGUAAUGGUCUGUGUGGUUGGGUGGAAGUACAAGGGUCAGUUGAGAAGGUAUCCUCUAUUGACAUGUUAUCUGGAGUGAGUUUAAGUAAAAAAAGAAAAAAAUCGUCGGA